AUGGCAUGGCAAAGCGAAGAGGCCCGCAUCGUCGCCCAAUGGCAGGCGGACACUUCACAAUCAAUCCUCGCGCGGAUGCUCGCCGGUGCAUCGUCGUCAAGCGAAGCCACUGACUGGUGCGAGAUCCUCCAAGUCGCCUCCAAUAAUGAGUCUAAUGAUGGUGGGAACGGCUGGUAUGACGAGUGUAUCCCUCUCUUCACCCGCGAUGAGACUAUGCGAGAUACGUCUGAACCAUGGGCCUUGGUGAAUUACCAAGCUAAUGUCAGUCACAAUGACAUUGGAAAAGGCUACAAUGGCGCGAUAUCUUGUGAAGCCAGUUGCUCAUCCUCCGACGAGGAGAUGAGCGUUUCGGCCAGUGCCAUUGAUCAUGGCGAUGCCUUGACUGAUGCAACCAACGUCACAGACCUCAGCACUGACGAUGGAAACAUUGAACAUGGCGAUAACAACGCAUGUAACGCCGUCAUUGGGCACACCAUGCUACUGCCGUGGCUUGAUGUGCCGACUCGUGGUGAAGGCCCCCUACGUUACGACCCGGUACUGAAGAUUGAUGGAGAAAAAGACAAGGCUGGAGACGAAGCUGGGGAUGAGGCUGAAAAAGCUUCGUCUAGAACUAGGGCUAGUGCCACCAACACGGCCGCACCUCGUGCCAAGCGCAAAUGUGCUACACAACCACACGGAUGUGCUGCCGUGCGUGUUGGGUGGGACAGUCAGAUUCUACGCUGGUUCAAGGGUUCGGAACUUACUUACCUCAUUUGUGAAGAGAGCUUCCCUUCAAAGGAUUCGGCGAUGGCAGCGAAAGAUGGUAUGAAGGCAGCGAUUACCAAGUGGAAGGGCGAGGGCGCGUCCUUCAAGGAGGUCAAGCGCUACGAACCCGCCGCAUUUGCUGUUGUUUACGAUCAUCGUCAAAGAAGCGAUUACCUCGCCUACGCCUUUUUCCCCAGGGCAGAACCGGCGGAAUUGCUCUUGUACCCAAAGAUUUUCGCUGGGGGCAAUGGAAACCACCUAGCCAACAUCUUGAGCCACGAAAUCGGCCACGUUCUGGGUCUCCGACAUGAAUUUGCCCAUAAAAAAGAAGCGCAUGUCCCUUCUGUUCGUUUCGGAAGCGAAGAUCCUCAGUCGGUGAUGGAAUACCACGAGGACCUGAGCAAACUUCAAGUCACCAAGAAGGAUCUCGAAGGACUGAAGGAGCUUUAUGCGUACGACCAACCGGUGUACAAAGGGAUGCCGGUGAUUGAUGUCUCUCCAAAGUCACACCAUUUCAGCGAACGCAGCAGUGCCGAUUAUGAGGCGAAGAAGCUAAACCGCCGGCUCUCUUGCUAA